CAAAUUACUCCCUUUAAGUCAAACUUUAUCAGCUUAUCAAAUUAUACAAAUUUUCCAACACAAUUCAACCCUUAGCUUUGGGAAGUCAGCAUCAGCAAAACCAAAUACUAUCUCACUAAACCAAGUCAUAGCUGCCUCUUCACUUGUAUACAUCCUCACCCUUUCUUCCUUGUCUUCUUGGUGGAGAACAAAGAGAGAAAAAGGAGUAUGGCUAUGGCAAACAAAGCUAUCAAUCUUGCAAGUGUUGGCUCAGUUUUUCCUUCUUCUGUUGAUAACCUGAAGAAGUCAUCAUCAUCAACCAGUGUUCAUAAGAAGUUGAGGGUGUCAAGAUUCCCAUCAGUGAAAGCAGUUCAAAGCCCGGUUGAAUCAGGUACUGGAAGAUGGGCCAGACAGAGACGACCCCAGAACGUAGAUGGAGACUUUUUUGUAGAUCAUACAUGCAUAGAUUGUGAUACUUGCCGCUGGAUGGCUCCGCAAGUCUUCAAACGAGUUGAUGGGAUGUCUGCAGUUUUUAAACAGCCAACUUGCAAGGAGGACCGAUUAAAUGCUCUCCAGGCCUUGCUUUCCUGUCCAACAAGCUCAAUCCGUACAGAAGUACCUCCUUCUGAUAUCCUAGAAGCCCAGAAGACAUUUCCAAUUCCAAUAGAUGAGAAGAAGCUUCCGGGUGUUUAUCACUGUGGGUAUCAUUCUGAGAAAUCAUAUGGAGCUGCUUCCUACUUGAUCAUUCAUCCUGAAGGAAAUAUACUUAUAGAUAGCCCUAAAUUCACAGAGAGACUUGCACAGAAGAUUGAGAUGCUGGGUGGAGUACGCUAUAUGUUUUUAACCCACAAGGAUGACGUUGCAGAUCAUGGGAAGUGGUCAAAGCGGCUUAGUUGUGAUCGGAUUCUGCAUUCUCAAGAUGUUGAAGUUUGUACCACUGAUGUCGAGAUUAAGCUAGAGGGCACCGGUCCAUGGAGCCUUGGAGAAGACAUUAUGCUUAUACACACUCCAGGCCACACAGAAGGAUCAGUCUGCUUGCUUUAUAAGUCAGUUAAGGUUCUAUUCACUGGUGACCAUCUGCUGAUGAGAGAAUCUGGGUUGGACAUAAUGGAGAUAUACAAUAAAUGUUCAGUUCCUGCACAGCUGAAUAGCGUUGAAAAGUUGUUAGAGUUGGAGUUCAAUUGGAUAAUACCAGGUCAUGGUAGGAGAAUCGAAUUCAAAGAUGUUCAGGAGAAGAACACCAUUCUCGAAGCUUUUGUCCAGGAAAAGUAUACUCAGCAUUCCUCAUCUAUGAAUGUUAUUAGGAGUUUGCAUGUAUGAGAGACUGUGUCAUCGAUGUAGAGAAGAAUAAUAGGUGCCAAUACUUGGUACCAUGAUGAUUAGAGAGAGUUUUCAUUUUAACAGAACUUGCUGUAUGCCUAAAUCUUUUGUACCAUGACUGCUAGUCAAUCACUGCAAAUAAAAUUUUUUCUUGUUUUCUA